UAGAAAAUUGCAGUAUUUGUAUUAGUUUUGAUAUAUUAGAGUUGUUGUUAAAUAAUUUAAUAGAAUGUUUUAAAGAUAAUGAACAUGGAAUAUGAAAACAUCGAACUAAGCGACGACGAAGAAGAAAUCACAGCUCAAACGGUACUCAAAACACUGCAAAAUGCAUGGCAAAAUGAACGGCUAGCACCGGAAAUUCUACCACAUCAAAAUGAAAUGGUUGAGUGUAUGUUGGGACAAAUACAGCAUAUGGAAAAGAAUAUAAACAAACUUCCAAAAACUGAUCUUCGUGCUUCUAUACAUAAGAUGGAACUAAACAGAAUUAAGUUUAUUAUUUGCAAUUAUUUGAAAACAAGGUUAGAUAAAAUAGAAAAGUAUUGCAUUUCCAUAAUGAAUGAUGAAAAACAAAGAGUAGAAUCUGGUACUAAUUAUUUGACUCCGCAAGAGUACAAGUAUGCUCAGGAAUAUUUGAUGAAUAUGGAAAGUCAUUUAAAAGAAGCAGCUUUAGAUCAUGUGCCAGGGAACAUGCAAAGCUUUGACCUUAACAAGUUAGUCAUUUAUCCUAAUUUACAAGCACAUGUGUUCCUGAGAGCAAAUGAGACAGUAACAGGAAUUAUUUUAGAAGAUCUGGGCGGUGAUCAAGAUGAAGAAAUAGAUUUAGAAGAAAAUUCACAACAUAUCCUUCAGUACAAGCCAAUUGCAGAUUUAUUAAAAAGUGGAAAAGUACAACUUAUGUAAUGAUCAUAGGAAACAUUUGAAAAGUUUGGUAAUUUAAUGUAGGUUAAUAAAUUUUUAUUAUAUAUAA